AUGUUGGCGCCUGUUCCGUCGCCCGCAUUGCGGUCCAGUCCUCAUGAAGCAGUGGUUGUCACGGUCGACCUCCCCACUGUCGACCAGCUGAUGGAGUCGUGGCUCGACAUGAAGCACUGCAGCGAGAACGAACCGGGUCUUGAUCUGAAGCGCAGGCAGAACGCACCCGUCGUCCAGGACCAACGCCUCACGCUCGCAUGGAAGAGUGAUACCGACUUUGAACUUGCGUUGGACGAUCUCUUUCCGCAAGACUUCGCGUUUUUCAUCGACGCACCAGGCUUCUCAGCUCAACGCCUUCACAACAAUCAUGAACACCAAUCCAAGGACACGCUUCAUGGCCGGCCGCGGACCGAUCUGUCGUUCGCCGUUCUCCCUCCAUCGACGCUGUCAUAUUCCUCCUUAUCGGCACGUCCCUUGAGUGAGGUUGAGCCUUUUGGAUAUGCAAGCACGCAUAAACCCAAAAAAACCCACCGCGUUGGUCUUCUCAAUCCUCGCAGAUCCCAUGUCGUUACGCCAGGUACAUCAAGCAUCGCCCAGCUUGACUUGCGGAGCCAGGAGCUUGCCCCUGGCUCUGGCAACGCCAAGCCUCUGUUAGCGCCCGGUAGCACGGUCAACCAUUUCUGUUCGGGUGGUUCAAAUCCUCCCCAACGGCCGGGUCCCCCUUUGAACCCUGACAGUGGCAUCGCAGUGCAAGAGCCAGACGGUCUCCGCCGUUCCGGCAGAUUCAAGAAGCAGGCACUGUCACCUGAAACAUAUACCAAUCGUCGCAAGCGGAAGCUUGACGACGACUACCUCCCGACCUCGGAUCUGGACGACGACGACUACGCCGCCAAGCCGAGCAAGAAGAAGGCAUGCGUAAAGAAAUCGAAGGUCAAGCAGACCGUCUCCCAGCGAUCCAAGCCAUUCUAUUGCGCCAAGUGCGGAGUAGGUUUCCAUCGCGCGUACGAUUUUCACGUUCGGCACCUUAUAUCGGUAAAGCACGCCGGUAACCGGGAUGGCACGGUAACGCACUUCAACAAAGGCUAUUGCGAGAGGACGGCCCCGAACGUGUGA